AUGUCUUUUUUUUUUUUUCUUUUCAUUCUUUACCUAAAAGUCAACUUCAAUCUAUCGAUCAACCCAGCUUCAGUCUAUCGAUCAACCCAGAUUCAGUCUAUCGAUCAACCCAGCUCCAGUCUAUCGAUCGACUCAGCUUCAGUCUAUCUAUUAACUCAGCUUCAGUCUAUCGAUCAACCCAGCUUCAGUCUAUCGAUCAACUCAGUUUCAGUCUAUCGAUCAACCCAGCUUCAAUCUAUCGAUCGACUCAGCUUCAGUCUAUCUAUUAACUCAGCUUCAAUCUAUCCAUCGACUCAGCUUCAGUCUAUCGAUCAACUCAGCUUCAAUCUAUCUAUUAACUCAGCUUCAGUUUUUAGCUAUCUAUCGAUUAAAUCAGCUUCAGUCGAUCGAUUAAAUCAGAUUCAGUCGAUCGAUCGACCCAGAUUCAGUCUAUCGAUCACCCAACUUCAGUCUAUCGAUCGACUCAGCUUCAGUCUAUCUAUUUGCUUCAAUCUAUCCAUCGCCCAGCUUCACUUCAAUCUAUCCAUCGCCUCAGCUUCAGUCUAUCGAUCAACCCAGCUUCAGUCUAUCGAUCAACUCAGUUUCAGUCUAUUGAUCAACCCAGCUUCAGUCUAUCGAUCGACUCAGCUUCAGUCUAUCGAUCAACCCAGCUUCAGUCUAUCGAUCAACCCAGCUUCAGUCUAUCGAUCAACCCAUCGCAACCAGUCUAUCGAUCAACCCAGCUUCAGUCUAUCGAUCGACCCAGCUUCAGUCUAUCGAUCAACCCAGCUUAACUCAGUUUCAGUUCAAUCUAUCCAUCGCCUCAGCUUCAGUCUCAUCGAUCCAACCCAGCUUCAAUCAAUCGAUCAACUAUUAACCAGCUUUUCAUCCAUCGAUCGAUCAACAACUCAGCUUCAAUCUAUCGAUCAACCCAGCUUCAGUCUAUCGAUCAACCCAGCUUCAGUCUAUCGAUCAACCCAGCUUCAGUCUAUCGAUCAACCCAGCUUCAGUCUAUCGAUCAACCCAGCUUCAGUCUAUCCAUCGACUCAGCUUCAGUCUAUCUAUCAACUCAGCUUCAAUCUUCAAUCUAUCCAUCGACUCAGCUUCAUUCAGCUAUCGACUCAGAUUAAGUCUAUCGAUCUCAGCUUCAGUCUAUCCAUCGACUCAGAUUCAGUCUAUCGAUCAACUCAGUUUCAGUCUAUCGAUCAACCCAGCUUCAAUCUAUCGAUCAACUCAGUUUUCAGUCUAUCGAUCAACCCAGCUUCAGUCUAUCGAUCAACUCAGUUUCAGUCUAUCGAUCAACCCAGCUUCAGUCUAUCGAUCAACUCAGUUUCAGUCUAUCGAUUAACUUCAAUCUUCAAGCUUCAGUCUAUCCAUCGACUCAGCUUCAUCUAUCCAUCGACUCGCUUCAGUCUAUCGAUCAACUCAGCUUCAAUCUAUCUAUUAACUCAGCUUCAGUUUAGCUAUCGACUCAGCUUCACUUCAGUUCAGCUAUCGACUCAGAUUCAGUCUAUCGAUCAACCCAGCUUCAGUCUAUCGAUCAACCCAGAUUCAGUCUAUCGAUCAACUCAGUUUCAGUCUAUCGAUCAACCCAGCUUCAGUCUAUCGAUCAACUCAGUUUCAGUCUAUCGAUCAACCCAGCUUCAGUCUAUCGAUCAACUCAGCUUCAGUCUAUCUAUUAACUCAGCUUCAAUCUAUUCAUCGACUCAGCUUCAUUUUAUAUCGAUCAACUCAGCUUCAAUCUAUCUAUUAACUCAGCUUCAGUUUAGCUAUCGACUCAGCUUCAGUCUAUCGAUUAAAUCAGCUUCAGUCGAGCGAUCGACUCAGCUACAGUCUAUCGAUUUAAUCAGCUUCAGUUCAGCUAUCGACAGAUUCAGUCUAUCGAUCAACUUAGCUUCAGUCUAUCGAUCAACCCAGAUUCAGUCUAUCGAUCAACUCAGUUUCAGUCUAUCGAUCAACCCAGCUUCAGUCUAUCGAUCAACCCAGAUUCAGUCUAUCGAUCAACUCAGUUUCAGUCUAUCGAUCAACCCAGCUUCAGUCUAUCGAUCAACUCAGUUUCAGUCUAUCGAUCAACCCAGCUUCAAUCUAUCGAUCAACCCAUCUUCAUUUCAGUCUAUCGAUCAACCCAGCUUCAGUCUAUCGAUCGACUCAGCUUCAGUCUAUCUAUUAACUCAGCUUCAAUCUAUCCAUCGACUCAGCUUCAGUCUAUCGAUCAACUCAGCUUCAAUCUAUCUAUUAACUCAGCUUCAGUUUAGCUAUCGACUCAGCUUCAGUCUAUCGAUUAAAUCAGCUUCAGUCGAGGGAUCGACUCAGCUUCAGUCUAUCGAUUUAAUCAGCUUCAGUUCAGCUAUCGACUCAGAUUCAGUCUAUCGAUCAACCCAGCUUCAGUCUAUCGAUCAACCCAGAUUCAGUCUAUCGAUCAACUCAGUUUCAGUCUAUCGAUCAACCCAGCUUCAGUCUAUCGAUCAACUCAGUUUCAGUCUAUCGAUCAACCCAGCUUCAAUCUAUCCAUCGACUCAGCUUCAGUCUAUCGAUCAACUCGGCUUCAAUCUAUCUAUUAACUCAGCUUCAAUCUAUCCAUCGACUCAGCUUCAGUCUAUCGAUCAACCCAGCUUCAGUCUAUCGAUCAACUCAGUUUCAGUCUAUCGAUCAACCCAGCUUCAAUCUAUCGAUCAACCCAGCUUCAGUCUAUCGAUCAACCCAGAUUCAGUCUAUCGAUCAACCCAGCUUCAGUCUAUCGAUCGACUCAGCUUCAGUCUAUCUAUUAACUCAGCUUCAAUCUAUCCAUCGACUCAGCUUCAGUCUAUCGAUCAACUCAGCUUCAAUCUAUCUAUUAACUCAGCUUCAGUUUAG